ACCAUGAAGAUUUUAGGAAAGAUCAACAGGAAUGAUCUGGUGCAGCAUUUACAAAACUCCAGCUCUGGACCAAAAGAGAACAGAGACAUCAAAAACAUGGACACAAAAGGAACUUCUGAGAAAACAAUGAGUAAUGACAGAUACACAGAGUAUGGAGACAUCACCAAGGUGGACACAACAGGAGCUUCUGAGGAAACAAUGAGAGCAAACCAGCUGCACGGCACAGAUCUGACCGGCGUUGAAGCUUCUGAGAUGAUGGCAGAUAGAGACCAAGAGGAGGUGUCGAAGUACAAAGACAACAUCAUCAGUGUAGGAGAAAAACUCAAAGUCCACCCGGCUCUGAUCGCCGCCAUCAUCUCCAAACAGUCUCAGGCAGGAACCCAACUAAGACCUGACGGCUUCGGAAAGGGCGACCCGAACUGCUUCGGCCUCAUGCAGCUCAAUAAAGAUUACCACGCAGUGAAAGACGACCCGUUCGGCAAGGAUCACUUGGAACAAGGCGUCAGAGUCGUCGUCGGGCUCAUCAAGACCAUGCGGAUGAGGAAGAGGAACUGGAGCAAAGAACAGCAGCUCAAAGGAGCGUUGACGUGCUACAUGACAGGAGUUUUUCCGGAGAAAUAUGAAGACAUAGACAGUGACUUCGCCAACGACGUGGUCGCCAGAGCGCAAUGGUUCGCCUGCGAAGGCUUCUGAAUGUCAGAUCAUUUCCUUUUUGUUCGUGUUUAACUGCUGCAUUCACACAAACACACCAUAGAGGAGAAAAUGAAUUAAUGAAUUAAUAUGAAAAUAGAGCAACAGGGUUUAGAAAGAGGAAGAUGGAUCAUUAUUUUUUAGCUGUCUGUUGUUGGUUUUUGU